AUGAGUGACGUUCCUUUACAACCUCCUACAGCCAGCACUAGCAAGCCAACGUCAACGGCAAGGAUUAAACCUCCUACAGCCAGCACUAGCAAGCCAACGUCAACGGCAAGCAAUAAGCCUCCUAAUAACAUGAGAUGGAAAUCUACAAAACAAGUAUUUGUCGUGGAGGAAGAAGAAUUUGACGUGGAGAAAAUUCUGGAUCAUAAAUUUGAGAAUGGCAACACAAAGUAUAAUAUAAAAUGGAAACAUUAUCCUGAUACAGACAAUUCAUGGGUAGACGAAAAAGAUAUUAAUGGAAUAGAUUUGAUUUUGGGUUAUUGGAAAACUUCAUGUGUGAAUGCCCAAAACGAGCUUCAAAAUGCUCAAAAAUGCAUCAAUGAUAAAAACAAUGAAAUUAAGCUAAUUCAAAACGAGGUUCAAAAUUUCAAAGACAGAAUUCAAAAUAUGGAGAGAUUAAAAAAUUCAGAAACCGUUGACAUGGAUAUAGAUAUUGAUCAAACUAUGAAUACCUCCGAAAAUUCCUCGGAGUAUCGUCAACAGAAUCGUAAAAAGAUAAUUCAAACGCCUACCUCGAUUCGUCAAAAGAAAUUGUCCGACAGUUCAUCUGACGAUGACACCAAUAACAAAAAUCAACCCACAAAACAAGUCAUCAAACAAGGUAUCAAAGAAGAAAUAAUUUAUAUUCUCGAUAAAGAAAUGAAAAAAAUGAAUGCGAAUUCAACUCCUCUCAACCUGGACAAAAUUAAUAAUCAGAUUAGCAAUAAAACUGUCUGCAACUGGAUACGUGUAAAUUCGAAAGUCACGUGGCAUAUAUCUCGAGCACUCGCAAAAUCAAAAGACAAAGAUGGACUUUUACGAAGAUUAAUAACGUUCUCCACGAGACUUGUUGCGCUCGCUAAUUAUGUUCCAAUAUCGAAUUUAAGCAAUUGUAUUCAUUUUGGGCGGAGUGGGGUUAAUGCAUAUAAUAAGGAAAGUGAGAAAGCAAUGUUUUCGCAUUCAUCGUUAGCUAGAUUAUCAAAAAACAAAUGGGUGGAAGUCCUUAAUCACUUGCGACAAAAGAGAGAAGAUCGGAUUGAUUAA